AGCAACAAAACAGCUGGCGAACGGCACAUCAAGACCGAAUCGCAAGCUUACGAGGCCAUCAUGAGCCAGUCAAGCGACAGGAGCCUCAAGAGGACUGACAGUAGCGGCUCUAAAGGCUCAACAAUGUCGUCCUUAGCAUCCGCAUCUGCGGGGUCUUCAAAGCCAAUGAAAAAGAUGGGAAGCUUGAGCUCUUUUCAAGCGUCGCUCAACUUCAAAUCUCAUGGCUCGGGGUCAAACAAAAAGGAGCAAGACCGUAAACUCAUGCCGCCGCCUUCAAGAUCUGUAUCCCCAGUCAAGAUGGGCUCGUUUCGCAAGGCGCCAGAGACAAGUAGCAGCUCAAAGGCAGUAAAAAUCCCUAGUACCAAAGUAAAGGGCAAGGGCAAAGGUCCAGAGGUUAUUGAGGUGCUCAGCAGUGACGAAGAGGAGGAGCGUCAAGCAAAGGUGACAAGGAAAGAGUCGGAGCCAGCGCAAUCUGCGAGGAAGGAAGAGAAGAGGGAUACAGCACAGAUGUGGGCCGAUCUUUAUGCCCCAACGGUUGAAGCGGAUCUGGCCCCAGGUAAAGCUCGAAUACAGAAAGUCAAGGGGUGGCUUCACGAGUCACUUUAUGGAUAUCCUGCUGAUGUGCAACCACCUCCUCUCCCUACACGUGACAAGUUACGAAAGUAUAGGCGGAUACUACUCAUGACGGGACCAGCUGGGGGCGGCAAGACGACUACAGUCAGAUUGCUGGCAGAACAGAUGGGAGUGGAUAUCAUUGAAUGGGGAGAAAGCGUUGAGGAAUGGAGCCUAGGGACUGGCAUAGAGCGCGAAUCCUCAAUAUCUAAAUUCUCUUCCUUCCUGUCUCGUAACUCUUAUCCAUCCUUGAACCUCUCCCAAUCGCCUUUAUCUUCCUCUUCUCGAUCGGUCUCCCAGUCUAGACCUCGACUCAUCCUACUGACCGCUUUACCGAAUCUGACUCAUCUGCCUACUCGAGAUGCUUUUCAUGAGGCUCUCCUGACAUUUUGUCAAACUUUUACUCACUCUUCUUGUCCCAUGAUCAUUAUACACAGUGAUGCAGGGUCAGGGGGAAGAGCUGAAGAGAGCUGGAUGGAUAGAGAUAAAGGCGGGAGAGAAGGAGCGGUGGACCUUGUUGGGAAAGAUGUUAAGAACGGACCAUGGUGCCAGGAAAUAGACUUCAUACCUGUUGCACCAACUUUCAUCCUCAAAGCUCUCAACCGUGUGAUCUCUCUCACCCCUCUUCCCCCAGCGCAACGCCCUGUAAAAGCCACACUUCAGCUGAUCGCACAAUCUUCGAAUGGUGACCUCAGGUCGGCUAUAAAUUCUCUACAACUAUUGUGUGGUGGACGGAAACAUGGAGACAAGGAUAAAGUUGGGAAGAAACGAAAAGAAAGAGAAGAGGAAGUUGCUUCUGCGAAAGGCAGAGGCAAGGGGCGCGGGAGUAUGGGUGGGAGAGGAGCAAAGUUGGAUGUGAGCUUCGAGCUAAGAGCUGUACUGGAUGCUGUUACACGGAAAGAGCAAUCACUCAAUUUAUUUCACGCACUUGGUAAAGUAUUCUAUAAUAAACGCCUCGGUGACCCAGAUGAAGGGAAAGAUGAAGAUCAAGAAGUUCUCUCAGCCAUUCGCCAAUUACCGCCAGACGACCCCUUACCACAGCAUUUGUCUGGAUACACCCGCCGAAAAGCGCUUGUUCAGAUGGAGGAUUUUAUACCGAGUAUACCUAUCGACGCAUCUUCUUUUGCUCUUUGGACUCACCAAACCUUCCCCUCAUUUUGUACUGACAUCGAACAAGUGGCUGAGGGGAUGGACUAUCUCUGUGUGGCUGAUGUGAUGCGUACCGAUGAUGACAUUUGGCAUUCUUCGCCGCAAUCAAUCGCGUACUCCCUCUACUUGACCAUCCGUGGUAUACACCUUGCCCUUCCUUCACCUGUUACUCGUAAUCAUCAAAAAGUAUUAAAACCUCAAUUCUUCAAAGCCUUCGCCCAAGGUCGAGAUAACCAGCUUGCUUUGGAAGGGGUGGGACGAUAUUUGGAGAAGAAAGGCACAGUAGCCAACAAUCGUGAGGCAGCUGCCUGGGGCGGGCUGGUAGGCAAGAGAGCGAUGGCGUGUGAGAUGGUGCCAAUGAUGGUUAAAAUACAGUCUCUCUCCAAUUACCCCCUCCUCCCUCCCUCUGCUCAGCCUUUAGUACUUCCGCCAUAUACCCCUCUAACUCAGUUUUGCAUCUCAUUAACUCAAGAUGAACUCACAGCGAAGGCAGAGCUAGGCGAGGAUGAAGGGGAGAAUCUAGAGGCUACGAUGGCGGGCGAUAACGGGGUGGGAGAUGUGAGAGGUCAUGAGCACCUUGGAGAGAGUGUUUGGGACGAUGAGGGCGUGGAAGACGACGAAGGGGAAGAGGAUUAUUUGGUGGACGAUGAUAUUGUCGACUGGGACUAGAAAUCAAACGUUGUAUCAAUCUUAUAAUCAGUUGUAAUAGCUCAUCAUGUCAU